UGUACGUACAACAUCUUCCCUUCAUAGAACACGAACUCUCCAGUCCUCGGACAACUCUCUUUUUCCGCACGUUUCGCCUGCACGUGUUCUCCCCAGUCCAUGUGCUGUUCUAUUCUUAUCUGUAACACCAGAUCCCUACCCCCAAAUCAGCUUCCAAACUUCUUCCAAACCGUGGUGAGGAAACCGAUUCACCUAUCUGUGCAGAUCUGCAGCACUUCGUAACAGCAGAACGAAUAUUCCAUUCACGACUAUUUUGCUUUUUCUGUACCCAAAUAUAGCAGCUGUCCAUCUCAAGGCCAUCGCAAAUGCCGAAGCACGUGUUUUCGGCCGUAACGGUCCAGAUUGACCGACUGACAAGCGAGCAAUAUGAAGAAAAUGAUAUUGGUGGAGUUGUUGACCUCAUUGAGGUUAUCCGCAUCCAAGCAUCUGGACCAACAGAAGCAGCUCGAGCUUUGCGCAAGAAGCUCAAAUAUGGCAAUGCACAUCGCCAAAUACGCGCUCUUGUCAUACUGGAUGCAUUGAUCCAGAAUGCGGGUACAAGAUUCCAAAAAACGUUUGCAGAUGAACCCCUCUUGGAGCGACUUCGUAUCUUGGCCAGAGACGAUACAGUAGAUCCUGAUGUACGACAGAAAGCCAAUGUCUUGUUUCGCGGGUGGGCAGCGGAGUACAAGGGAAAACCUGGCCUCGAAAGAAUAGCGGCGCUGCACAAGGAGCUACCUCGAACUAAACGCCCGCAGCCGCAACAGUCUCGUAUAGUGCGGCAGCAAGACGCUGAAGCGGCUCGCGAACGUGAGGAGCACUCUCAAUCUCCUCCUAGAAAUAGGUGGUCCGAACCGUCGCAUAGUUCGUCUUCCAGGACGAGUGCUCCUGUUGCACCCGGCCCCGGUACCUCUACUAGUUCUUCAUUGUUCAGCAGGAGGGACAAGAAAGACAAGAAGACCAAGCGACAGCCGUUCAAUCUCGAAAGAGAGAAGGGACAGAUGCUCGAAACCAUCGCAUCAGCAAACGUUGCCAGCACGAAUCUGCUGAAUGGGUUGCAGCUUAUCAAUCGUGAGCAACAGCGAGUCAGCGAAAACGCAGAAGUCAUGCGCCGCUUCGAGACGUGCAAACAACUCCGUCGUCAAAUUCUGCGCUAUAUUCACCUUGUUGAAUCGGAACAGUACAUUGGUGGUCUGCUCAAUGCCAAUGAUGAGCUGGUCAAGGGACUAAUGGCAUUUGAAAUCAUGGACAAGAGUAUUGAUGACGACAGCGACAGCGACAACGAGGCAGGCAAUGUUUCCGCUGCUGAAGCGGCCAUGGCCAACAUGGACAUGAAUGAGGCUCCUCCACCAAAGCCACCGCGACCCACGAGCAUCCCCAUGCCUUCUCCCGUGACCAAUAAGCAGCCUGUUGAAUCGGACAGCGAGCCUGAAGAAGACGAGAACGAUCCAUUUGGUGAUAGCAACGCAAUCAAGACGCCUUUCGUAGAGAGAGGCCAGCCAACUUGGAGAGAUGUGUAGGGUCUUGGAUGUAAUUGCGAAAGGCUAUGUUUUGCGUCAAGGCACAGUGUGGGAUUCUCUUGAUCGUUUUUCGCGAUACCAUUUCUUAUGGGUUCACCAACUGAUUAGAUGUGAAAACAAUUUAAUUAACUUGAAAAUCGCUA